AUGACGUACGCACUACGUGCAGAUGUCAUAUCAUAUCUUCAAGAUUGUUUUAAAGAACCAAAUAAUAGAGUAAAGCUUGGACCGAUAAUAGUUUCUGGUCAACCUUCAAAUCCAUAUCCUGAUUUUCCUUGCGGCGACUUCAAAGCAAGAUUAUGGGCACGUCGAGCACUAUUAGAUGGUGCAUUAUCCUUAAAUGCAACUUUAACAGGAAAUAGAAUAUAUGUCAAUGAGUGGGAAUGUGGAACUAUACAUCAUAAUACUCAUGAACCAACCAGUUGUAAUGCUCUGAAUAAUAAUGAAUUUCAAGUAACUAUUCCUGUUAGAGAUGCCUUUUGGGAUCCUCCAAUUUUGGGUGGAGUUCCAAAUGUUGAAAAUUAUACUGAAGUGAUACCCGAUAAUGUUGUUGGUGAAAAUUUUGUUAUUGACUUAUAUGACAUACAGCAA